AAUCCCCACGCCUCCUCAGGAGGCGGCGGCAUCCUUCCCCCGGGGGCAGCGGAGAGAAGGCGGCCGAGACCGCCUGCCACCGCCAGCAGCCAGCACCUAGCCCCAUCAUCGGGGAGCCCCGGUACCCGCUCCGCGCACACGGCGGCCCCUCCUGAGCGGCGGCGGCAGCGGCAGCGGCAGCGCCGGCCGCCCUAGCGCGCAUGCUCGGGGCGGGCGCCAUUUUGGUGGGGCCGGGAGUUAUCCAGCGAGAGCGGCGGUGGAGCUGGCUGGGCCCGGCUGGGAGGCACGGCGAGUGGGUGCCCGCUGCGGAGAUGGCUAACAUCGCGGUGCAGAGGAUCAAGCGGGAGUUCAAGGAGGUGCUGAAGAGCGAGGAGACGAGCAAAAAUCAAAUUAAAGUAGAUCUUGUAGAUGAGAAUUUUACAGAAUUAAGAGGAGAAAUAGCAGGACCUCCGGACACACCAUAUGAAGGUGGAAGGUAUCAACUAGAGAUAAAAAUCCCAGAAACAUAUCCGUUUAAUCCUCCUAAGGUGCGGUUUAUCACCAAAAUAUGGCAUCCUAAUAUUAGCUCAGUCACUGGGGCCAUCUGUUUGGAUAUUCUGAAAGAUCAAUGGGCUGCAGCAAUGACUCUAAGAACAGUGUUGUUAUCACUGCAAGCAUUGUUGGCAGCUGCAGAACCAGAUGAUCCCCAAGAUGCAGUAGUGGCAAACCAGUACAAACAAAAUCCAGAAAUGUUUAAACAGACAGCUCGACUUUGGGCACAUGUGUAUGCUGGAGCACCAGUUUCUAGUCCAGAAUACACCAAAAAAAUAGAAAACCUUUGUGCUAUGGGCUUUGAUAGGAAUGCAGUAAUAGUGGCCUUGUCUUCAAAAUCAUGGGAUGUAGAGACUGCAACAGAAUUACUCCUGAGUAACUGAGCCAUGUAGAGAGAGCUGCUUCAGUAGUCCAGCUUGCCCCUUCUGGAGGAGCAUCACCAUCUGUUAUUUUUAGGAUUCUAUAUAGAUUCUCUUUUAAAACUGGCACUCUUGCCUGAUGAUGCUAUCUAGGCACUAUUGGAGACUGAAAAAAAACCCGCUCUGUAAAUAAAGCUAAUUAAACGUCUGUGUAAAUUUAAAAAGGGGAAAUACUUUAAUUUUUUUUCUUACUAAAUAUUGUAAAAAUUCUUUGAGCUCAGCUAAAAUAAUGGGGGAAAAACAUGCCUACUUUAGUGUUUAGCAGUGUGACGAGGACUAGCAGGAACUUGCUUCAGGGUUUUGAUUUAGUGAUUCAGAAAGCAACAUUUUUGAGUGUUAAGUCAUCAAAUUGUUGGUGCCACUCAUCACAGCUAUCUUACUGUUUUUAACAUGGAUCCUCUGUGCCUGUGGAUUGACCUAUAUUUGCAUGCUUGUACUUAAUCGACAUAUUAGGUAGGGUCGCUGAAGAGAACACCAUUGAAAUGCUCGAGUAUUCUUGUAACUUUUUCCUGAAAGACUUUCAAGACUUACCCAAAGUUCCACAUGGUGACCUAUUCAGAACCGGUUUCGUUCUAGCUUAUUAAUUGGGAAACCUGAUUCUCCUCUCCCUUACAUCAUACAGCUGAAAAUCCUCACUGGAUUAUGUUUCAUCAUCUGUGGGUAUUAUGGGUGCCAUUUACAGUAGUCUAGGCUCCCCUUGAAAAAAAUAUAUUUUGAAUUAUCAGUAAUGAUUUUCAUCCAUCAUGUUUUCAACAUGAUCUCGUAAGGAGUAUGCCUUGAUAUAGCACAAAAAGAUGGAGCUGGUUUUCUUUUUUUUUUUUUUGUCUUACAUAGAUGUAAAAUGUUCUUCAGUAUGUUCUGGAUAAUAUGAUUUCACUGGGUUUGAAGGAGGAAAAAGCUGAUUCUCUAGCGUACUGAGAACUUAAAAUUUUUCUUUGAGUACUUGAUAUGAUGCAAUCAGCUGUGUUUCGCAGCGGUUUUCUAGCUUUAUUUUGAGCUCCAAUUUAAGGAUUGCUUACCAGGUACUUUAAAAUUCAUCUUUGCUCGUGUUUUCCUCUAGUUGACACACAGAGGCUGUGUUGGUGUUUCUACUGUACAUACUUCAAAUGCACAUAGAAGUAGAAGUGUGAGAAGUGUGUUCUCAAUUUAGCUUUCUUUUGGAUUGAUGUUUGAUAAACGAGAACUGAAAUCUUACCUUGGCUUGUACAUACAGUCAGUCUUUUUAUUCGUAUUAAAAUGACAUUUCAUCCUGA